AUGCUUGGGCUCAUGACUGUGGCUGCAUUCGCAGUAGCUGCGACCGCAUGGGAGGGCGAAGAUUGGCAGUCACACAAUGAUUGGCAGCAGCACAGCAGGCCUCUGAUACCACACGUUCAUAACACUCGCUUCUGGUCAUCGGGUCCUCAUCCCUCCUCCUCCUCCUCCUCCUCCUCUCCAUCGUUAUCUGGCACGACCGCGACUGCUACCACCGAGCCGUCGGUUACGUCAAGGCAGGCCGUGCCGUCUACUAGCACGGAAGUCGUAUGGGCCACCAUAGACAUCACCACCACGGUCUGCACGGCCGAAGCCUGCCAAGCAGCACCCACAUCAGCAACACCGAUCAUACCGGGCUCUGGAGCAGGUCACGGCGAUUUCAACGGCCCCGGACCAGAUUGGAACUUCGGCCCUGGACAUGGUCCAGGAAACCUGCCGCCUGGAUGCGCUUUUCCUUCCAGUCCUCUCUCGAGCGACAAGCAGGCUGGACAGUCCCUUUGGGGCUCACUCUGCCAGCCAACCUUCCCCAAGUGGCUACCAGACGGCGAAGGCAAGCAGUAUGCUUCCGCUCCGUGGGGCGACCGAACAACCAGGAAUGCGGAUGGUGUAAAGAAUGACCAUAUCCCAGUCACCGGCGUCGUCCGGCGAUAUGACUUUACAAUCACACGCGGCACAGCAGCACCCGAUGGCGUCGUUCGCAACGUGUUCCUCGUCAACAACCAAUUCCCCGGGCCAGCGAUUGAAGCCAAUUGGGGUGAUAUGAUCGAGAUUACAGUACACAACAACAUAUCCUACCCACUGGAAGGCACCUCCCUGCACUGGCACGGGUUCUUGCAAAGAGGAAGCAACUGGAUGGACGGGGUUCCUGCUGUCAGCCAGUGCCCGAUCGCCCCGUUCCACUCAUAUACUUACAAGAUACCCGCACAACUAUACGGAUCUAGCUGGUGGCAUGCACACUAUUCGGCGCAAUACACGGCCGGCAUCGUUGGCCCUAUCAUCAUAUACGGCCCUUCGCAGCUUUCCUACGAUAUCGAUAUUGGUCCAGUCAUGCUUAGCGACUGGUAUCAUGUUCCCUACUUCAGUAUUGUCAGCGAUGCCGUAGGGACCGACAUGUCGGUGAUACCUCCAGUCAGCGAUAGUCUGUUGAUUAACGGGCGCGGCCGCUUCGAUUGCUCUACACCAUCCUACGACAAUGGAGCCGAGUGGCUAGCUAGUCACGUCAGCGUUCCAAUGACCUGGAGCUGCACUGAAGGCGCAGAGCUAGCGAAGUUCAAGUUUCGCCCAGGAAAGACGCAUCGAUUGCGGCUCAUGAACAUGGGCGCAGAUGGAGUACAGAAGUUCUCUAUAGAUGGUCACCAGAUGACUGUCAUAUCGUACGACUAUGUCCCAACAGUCCCUCACAUCUCCGACGUAGUCACACUUGGCGUUGGACAAAGGGCCGAUAUCUUGGUCACAGCCAACAACUUUAGCACCAACAUGUUUUGGAUGCGCUCCUCCGCCCCUGGAGGGAAAACAUGCGGCGGCUCUAACAUGGAUGAGGUUCGAGCAGCGAUAUACUACGAAGGUGCAGACACAGCAGGCAUACCGGCCACCGUCAGUGCCGUCAACGACACAAGCUGCGAGAAUCUCCCGCUCAACACUACACAACCCGAAUAUCGAAUCACGCCAUCGGCACCACAAGACGCUUUCGUCCACGAUAUCAGCAUCUCGCUGGUCCUCAACUCGACGGGCAAUUACGAAUGGCGCAUGGCGAACCAGACCUUCCACGCAAACUUCAACGAGCCACUUCUGUACAAAGCGGCAGAAGGCAACGUAAGCUUCCCAUACGAUCCUCAGUGGAACGUGGUCAACUAUGGCACCAACAGAUCCAUCGUUGUCAACGUCACAAACCUUACACCGUUUGCCCAUCCAUUCCAUUUACACGGCCACAACUUCUACGUCCUGAACGUGGGAAACAAUGGUACAGUAUGGGACGGCACAGCUGUCAAUCCGUCAAACCCAAUGCGUCGGGACAUUCAAAUCAUUCCUGCCUUAGGAUAUGCCGCGAUAGCGUUCGAGAACGAUAACCCCGGCGUUUGGCCAUUUCACUGUCACGUUGCGUGGCACUUGUCGGGUGGCUUGGCCAUGAACUUCAUUACACGGCCGGAGGAUAUUCCCAAGAUCCCGAGCGAGGAAGCGCAGCAGACGUGUCGGGAUUGGGACUUUUACAGCAGUAACAACAUCGUGGAUCAGAUCGAUGCUGGAUCAUGA